CUUAGGACGUGGGAACACUACUAGCUGACUUUGUAUUUGAUUUCAUGAAAUAGUGUGUAAUCGCCCAGCGGUUGUCUAAACUCGUUUAAAAUAACGAUACUCUCGGUGAUAUAUCACGCCAAGUGGUUUAAAAUGCCCAAGGUGUGAAAUUGUUUCGAGAAUUGUUUCGAGUUGUGUGCGAUGUCUCGACUUGUCAAAAAAUCUCCCUCUGUGUGUACGGAUCUGCCACUGGACAACGCCGAUAUUUACAACAAGCUCAGUUUGCUGAGACAACUCCUCGCUUCUUGCUUUGGUCCGACGGGAAGACUAAAACAAGUACAUAACAACAUCGGAGGACACGUUGUUACCACCUCCACCUCUUCUGUUCUAUUUCCAGCCAUUUCCUCCUCGCAGCCUUUGGUGAAUCUGAUCAAAACAUCGAUUCACAACCACGUCUCUCGUUUCAGUGACUGCGGUUUGUUUGCUGCCGGUCUUUGUUUAAGUCUCAUUGAGCAUGCACAGCAAUCUGGCCUCGCAGCAAAUGUUUCCAUCAGAAUAAACAAGCACUUGUUGGGCCUGUGCGUCAGUUACCUGCAGAGAGAAGACUGUGGAUGCAAAGUGAAGCUCGACUUCUGCAGCAGCCAGAGCCUGAUCACAUUAGCUCGCAGUGUUAUCUCCAGUAAACCCGCAUGUGUGCUGACAGAGCAGGAGAUGCUGCACAUCAGCAGGUUGGCUGUGCAAGCAUUUUUGCUGACUCUUCCCUGUAACAACCCAGGUAUUGUCAUGCUGGGCAAGACAGUGAGUGCCUACGUUGAGGGCCAUCCUGUGCUUAACUCUGCAGUGUUUCCAGGUUUACUGCUGGAUGUUACUGGUGACUUUUGCCUCAACAAGGAAGACAACCUGAAUCCAAGUCCACUGUCUGUGGUGGUGUUCAGCACAUCCCUUGCUGGAGACCUUUGUGAACUAGGAGAAGGGUUAAUCGAGGUUCCCGCAGGUGUAGACUCAGAUUUACAGAUCCUAGAACAACUCCUGGAGCUCGGCAAACAGGUGGUUACAGAUGAGGUAAAGCUCUUUGCAUGCCAGAAGGUUAUCCACCCAGUCCUCCAGCAAUACCUGAGGAGUGAAGGCGUUAUUGUGAUAGAGAGACUAGGAGCUUAUCUCAUGGAACCACUUAUUCAGCUGACAGGUGCUCAACCUGUGGCCACAUUACAUACCUCACUCCCAGCUAAGGCCUAUGGGGAGGUGAGUGAAAUCAGUGUAAGGCAGUUUGGAUCCAAGACAUUGCUGCAUUUACGACCCUCAGGGGAGUCAGCAAUCUGCACCAUGGUCCUCUGCCACAGGAACGAGACAAUGUUAAGUGAGCUGAAGGUGGUGUGUCAGAAGACAGAGCAUGUGUUGAGACUCACCAUUAGAGAUCCAGCUGCUUUACUUGGAGGUGGAUGUACUGAGACCCACUUAGCUGCUUACAUCAGACACAAGAGCAAUGAAGUAUCAGAGCCAGCAGCAGUACUGGGGUGUUCGCACUCUGAGUACCAUCUUUGCAUGGAGGGAUUCUGUUGCUCCCUGGAAUCUGUGGCCAAAGCACUGGAGCACAGUGGAGGGAAUUCUUUAAUUGAUCUGACUCACGCUCACCACUGGACCCUCCCUGCAGAUAUGACGAAAGGAGAUAUUGAGGAUAGCUUGGGCUUCUGUGGCUGUGGACUUGUGGGAAGUAGCCCAAGUAGGAAGUGGACAUACAUAAACACUAAAUACACAGCAUUCUCACCAGCAUCCCUGUCUGUGGAUCCUGCUGUGCGACCACGUGUGCUGGACUCCUUCACAGCUAAACUCAACGCACUGCAAGUAGCAGUAGAAACUGCUAAUCUUGCAUUAGAUGUGCGAUAUAUAAUUCAAGAUGUGAAUUAGUAGAUUUAUUUUUAUAAUGUGUAUGCUGUUUUUUUCUUUACAAAGGUACAAUACAAUAUUUACUAUAAAUAUACUACCUAUACCAGA